GCAGCACCACUAUUUAUUUAUGUCUUCUUCUUGUUUCUUCCUCCAGCCGUUUAGCGGUAAUCUAAUUUACAACUUCUUUUAGCUCGUAUUCCACAUUUUCUUUUGUGUGUGUGUGUGUGUGUGUGUGUGUGUGUGUGUGUGUGUGUCUUUUGAGAGCAGGCAGGGCUCAGUUUGACGAAGCUCGAAAAAGUCCGCGGGGAAGUUCCCUAGGAAAUCCCCCUAGACGGCGCGGGGAUAUUAUUGUGCGCCAAAGCGUCGACACAAUUGACCUCCUCCGGUCCGUGGCGAGAGUCGCAGAGGGCUUGUUGUCAAAUGCUGGAUUACGAAAAGAAGCGAACCUCCUCAACGCAAAAACCCCAAAGCAAUGGACCGCGUCGCUUCGAACGCCUCGGAUAGCGCCGCCGUGAAGCUGCGCAGCUGCAGCGCGCUGAACACUCUGCACCACGAGACGCGCCAGGAAAUCGAGCUGCUCAACAAACAGAUUUGCGUCAAGGACAAUAUUAUUGCGGAUUUAAAAUCGAGGCUGGGCAGAUAUGAGCGCAUCUGCAUGGCCGUGGGGGACAACGAGUCGGUGGUCAUCGGGCCGUCCAAGUCUCUGCUGGAGAGCCUGUGCAAAGAGAUCCUCAAGCUGAAGCAGAAGCGCAGCGACGGGGAGCUCAAGGCGUCGCGACAGACGGAGGAGAUCCAAAGGCUGACCGUGCAGCUCCGAGAGAAGGAGCUGGAGCUGGAGAGAGUCAGGUGUCAGCCGGACCACGAGAAGGACCAGGAGGUCCACCGGCUGCGGGCGGACCUGGGGGAGCGGGAGCGGGCCGAGGCCACGCGGGCCGUGCUCUGCACCUCCCUGGCGGAGGAGGCUGACCAGCUGCGCGGCCAGCUCGGCGUGACGGUGAAGGUGUGCCAGGAGCUGCUGGCCAGGCUGGAGACGGAUAAGAAGGGGGGAGGAGGAGGAGGAGGAGGAGGAGAGGAAGAUGUGGCUCAGCAGCAAAAGUCGAAGGAGAUGCCGGAGUCCUCGGACGUGAGUGGUGCGAACGCCCAAAUCUCUCAACUCCAAGAGGAGAAUCAACAGCUAAAGCAGCGAGUGGCAUAUGUCCAACGUCUGAAUUCUCAGUGGCAGAAGUAUGACUCCAGCAGGGAGGACUACAUCCGAGGGUUAUGUCAGAGGCUGAAGGAGACCUCGGGGCCGGGGCUCGGCUCGAUAAGCACCGGUUUGCUUCAACGGGAGAUUUCCCGGCUCAACGACUUACUCGAGGAGAAGAUGAGCGAGUGUGCGCGGCUGAGUGACGAAGUGGAGGAGAUGAAGAGGCACUACAAAGAGCGCAUCCAGACUCUGGAGCAGCAGGUCCUCAUCUACGCAGACGACUUUAAGUCCGAGCGCGCCGACCGGGAGCGAGCACAGGGCCAGAUCCAAGACCUGAAGGAGCAGAUCUAUCAGUUGAAACAGCAGCGACACAAAAAGGGAGCGAGCAGAGAGAGCAGAGAAGUGGUGGUUCCCAUGUGCCGCGUGCACAUCGGGCACAGGAUCACCCCGCGGCGACACAAGGACUCUCCCGACUCUCCUCUGUUGAGGACCGCGGCCGAGCUGCAGCAACAGCCCGCCGCCGCCGCCGCCGCCGCCAUCGCAGCGGCAGCCACGCCGAGCCCCGCGUGGAGCGAGCGGCCCGGCCUCUCGGAGCUCCAGUGCCCUCGAUGCUUCGCCACAUUCAGCGACACGGACGCCGCAGAGUACAUGAACCAUUGGGAAGAGUGUGCCAGAAUAUAAAAACGGAGCGGAGACUCGUUUUUUUCUUUUCUUUUCUUUUUUUUUUCGUGCGGGGGGAAAAGACACUUAUCACUCGCUGACGGUAAUCGAACACUGAACGGCAGCACUACACGGCUAAAAAAACAACAAGCAGAGUGGAGUUUCCGAUUCGGAGAGACUCGACUACAAAUGAGACGACUGACUUGAGACGUUCGUUCGUCGCGGAGCAAAACUGCACAACCCAAAGUUCCCCCGGUGCAGAGUCCGGUUCUGAGUGUUCUCCUGUGGCGCUGCAGGAGAUUACUGUGGUGGGAAAGUGGAUGUCAAAGCAAUAUAUCAAAUAUCAUAUACCUCAAUGUGUCCAAUUACAAACCUGUUUGCACUUUCUUGACAUUUUAGCCAAAAACUGAAUCGUAGAAUCGUACGAUUUAAGACGCAUAAGCUUCUUAUUUUGAAAAAUGUGGUGCUAUUAUUAUUUUUUUCUUUACAUAUUCUGUCCUGUAAAUUAUAUAUUCUUAACGAGAGAUUUUAAAAUAUAUUACUAUAUUAAUAUUUAUUCAUGUUGCAUACAUAUUUGAAAAGGGCAAAGCAUUUUAAUGCAAUGCUUUUGAUGCCUUUUUGCCACCAAAGCCAUGAAAUAUUUGUUUCCUGGUACACUUUUAGGAUAAAAAAAUGUUUAUAUAUUCUAACUGGAAAAAAUAUAUGCUUUUGAUCCUUUUUUUUUUUUUAUGGCGUAUGUAAAGAUUGCAUCCCAACUGACAAUAAUAUACAGAUUUGUGGAGAUCCUGUGCCUGUUUCUCCUGAGCCACAUAUUUUUGUAAUAAAAUACUGUUUACCCGCA